AAUGGAAUCCAACACUCAAUACUAGUGUAUUAGCAAUUUGGAAACCAAUAUCUCGUAUUGUAGAUGAAUAUCAAAGUCAUAGAGAACAAUUAAUUCUUUUAUCCCACGAAUCUCAGAGAAUGUUUAUGGACGAAUUAUAUAUUUGUGCGGCCUAAAGUUGGAUGGCCAUGUGAGUUUCUUAAUGCUUGUCUUGUGCACAAUCCUCACGUCUCCCAAGCUCCUAACAGACAAAAAAACACACACUAGAAAACACUAGUGUUGGUCAGUCGGUCAGCCAGCCAUCGAGGGCAAUGGUAAGGCAAGAAGAGAUAAUAUUGAUCGAUACAGCCACUACAUGCCAGAUUCUCCUCUGCAAUCUGCAUGCCUUUCUCUUCUCUCCCUUUCUAGGCCAAUCGUUUUAUUAUAUAUAGUCAGUAAAUACAAGGGCAGCUAGCUUAGCUAAUAGCUACUUCUUCCACUUUCUACAAUUGCCUGAAACAUUAGUAAUUCUUCUGUUUCUCCAACCUUUCAGCUUCAUAGUUGUACCUUAUCCGCUAGUAAAUGCCCAAGACUAGAAUUCUUGAAGUUCAACACUGGCCAGCAGCUGGUACAAUCAUGAGACUGAAGUUGUACGUGCUAAUUUUACUUAUUACUUGUGGAGAUUCUUUUGCUUCCUAUUUCCACCGUGCCUCUAAUGAGUUGCAGAUUGCUGAGGAUGCCUAUGGAAAUUGGCUGCGAAAGAUGGGCUCUCUCAAUCAUUCUGUUUUCGAGGAAGUGAAGAAUCAAUUUACCCCUUGCAAGAAGAUUAAAGUGCAUAAAAAUCCAAGAUUGGGAGAUUAUACUACGGUGCAGAAGGCCAUCAAUGCCAUCCCAAUUAUCAAUAAUUGUCGAGUGAUCAUUUCUGUUAGUUCAGGGACUUACAAAGAGAAAAUUGAGAUUCCGGCGACUAUGGCUUAUGUUAGCCUGGAAGGAGCAGGUGCAGGCGAGACGAUCAUCCAGUGGAACGACACAGCAGAGGGGAAGGGACCAAAUGGGCAGCCACUGGGAACUUACGCCUCUGCGACAUUUGCCGUUAAUGCUCCCUAUUUCAUUGCAAAAGACAUCACCUUUAAGAAUAAAGCGCCCCCACCGCCAUCAGGGGCGCUAGGUAAACAGGCAGUAGCGCUCAGAAUUUCAGCUGACACGGCAGCUUUCAUAGGCUGCAGAUUCAUCGGAGCACAGGACACCCUUUAUGAUCACAAGGGCAGGCACUACUUCAGAGACUGCUACAUUCAAGGUUCUGUUGAUUUCAUAUUCGGGGACGGGCUCUCGCUCUAUGAGAAUUGUCAUCUUCGUGCUAAAACAAAGAGCUAUGGGGCCUUGACUGCCCAAAAACGAGAGAGUAUGCUGGAGGAAACUGGCUUCUCUUUCGUUAACUGCAAGGUGACAGGUUCAGGGGCACUCUACUUGGGGAGGGCCUGGGGGUCUUUCUCUAGAGUAGUCUUUGCUUAUACCUACAUGGAUAAGAUCAUCACCCCAAGAGGAUGGUACAACUGGGGAGACAAAAACAGGGAAAUGACUGUGUUUUAUGGGCAAUUCAAGUGUUCGGGACCCGGGGCAAAUUUCGGAGGAAGGGUCUCAUGGUCCAGAGAACUAACUCAACAAGAAGCUAAGCCGUUUAUUUCGCUGAGCUUCAUUGAUGGCCGAGAAUGGCUCGCGAAUUUGUGAUGAUUUUCAGUUUUCCAGCAGCUGACCACGUCGGCCCUUUGAGCAUAAGCAUUUGCUAGAGCAGAUAGCAAUGUGGAUCCAUCCUCAUUAAGCUUAACGCAGACCCCAAAUUUUUUACUAGAAAUGUUUGCCUCGUCUCUGUUGAGAUUUCUAGUGGACUAAGUUCACCAUUUUCUUUCCCCAAAAAAAAAAAAAAAAGUAAAAGAUUUUGCUGCUAA